AUGUACUGCCAGAGGUGCAGGACGCCGUUGAAGGCGGAUAGCUUGUUGGACGAUCUCAACCCUGCAGCUUUCGACUUGCUUGCUGGAUCAACAAACAGCAAGGAGCAGCAACCGUCGCUUGCACAGAUCCAAAAUGUGCAUUUCCCACAGGAGAGGAAGGAACGUUAUGAACGUGCAGCUCGUUCAAACCAGUCACCUUUACACAAGAGGACGAUACCUGCUCCUCGAGAUGGCAACCCGGGAAUGUCCUUUAUCGAAAUCACAGAGUCGCAACUAGUCGCUUCAGAGCCUACGCAGAAGACCUCAUCCACCUCGAAUGUGCCGUCCAAGCCUGGAAUCUCCAGUGGAAAGGAGUCGUCCCUGUCCUGGGCCGCGCAAAGACAUGAACGUCUAUUCUCCAUCCUUUCGGCGCAUUCAGACACUGAUCACCCAAUUUGCAGUGAAUGCUCGUCAAUGUUACUGUCCGCACUGAACGCAAAGUUGAACACAGCGACGCGAGAACGAGACGCCUACGCUUCUUUUCUGAAACAACUACAGCAGGCUGCCGCCAAACACAAAGACGAUGAAGCUAGCGUAAAGAAGGAGCUGGAAAGACUGAAAGCGGAAGAGCAGGAAGCCUUCGCUGAGCUGCUUCGACUCGAAGAUGAGAAGAAACAACUCGAGAGUGAUCUGGCUGACUUGGAAGAUGAGGAGAAAGAGCUUGAAAGGGAGGAACAACGCUUUUGGCUCUCUCGCAACGCCUUUGACGAGCAAGAGCAUGCUCAGCGCGUCGAUCUUGAAGCAUUGCGCCAGAAAACUGCCCAUGACCAGAAGCAGUACGAGAAGCUGCAACGUACAAAUGUAUACAAUGAUACCUUCUUUAUCAGUCACGAUGGAAACUUUGGCACCAUCAAUGGUCUUCGUCUUGGUCGGCUGCCCAACAUUGUCGUGGAAUGGGCUGAGAUCAAUGCUGCAUGGGGACAAACCUUGCUGCUGCUGCAGACUUUGGCUGAAAGAUUGUCCUUCUCCUUCCAGGGCUAUCGACUUCGCCCUUUAGGUAGCACCUCUCGUAUCGAGAAGCUCGAAUACCCCCAACAGCCGCCAGACGCUUCGAGCGCCUCUGCCGCAAGACCCACCAACCAACCCGUGCCAGCAAGAGUCACUGUAUUGGAACUCUUCAACGGUGGUCCAGCCCUGAAUCGAGUCUUUCAGUCCCGUCGGUUUGAUCAAGCUAUGGUGGCUUUCUUGGACUGUCUUUCUCAACUUGGCAAGCAUGUAGAACGGACCUCGACCUCGACCACCCGCGACAGUGGUCGGCCUGGCGUUUGGCGAACACCAUCUUCUGCCACGAACACAAGUAACGCUCAACCUAUGAGACUUCCCUAUGUGAUCGACGGUGACAAGAUUUGGAGUCGCGACAGGCCUGAUGAAGCCUAUUCGAUUAGGGUUGGCAUAGGUCUAUCACCUGACGAGAAUUUCACCAAAGCCUGUAAGUAUGUCCUCACCUGCUGCAAAUACUUGCUCGCGCACGUCAGCAACCUCGAUAGCUCAAGACCAAGUCAGUCAUAG